CCACGCCUCCAGGGGAGACUGCGACCUGAACGCAGCGCCUUAGACCGCUCGGCCAUCCUGACACGAGUGCCAUCUAUUUUAAAUACUUUGUAAACCUUUGCAACACUAAAAUUAACCUCUAAAAUUACGUGUAAUGCAAAUAACGUUGUCUAUUAACCUAUCCAGGCUUUAUAUUUAACCUUUCUUAUUAAUGGCCGGUGACAAUUACCAGCGAGUAUUUUUAGCUGCAUGUUAGCUAGCCGGCUAACAUGGAUGCGUAGCUUUCGCUCCGAUUAUAUUGUACGGCUGCUCACUCCGUGCUUAACAUUGGACAUAUAGUUAAAUAUAAAGUCGAAAGGGCGGUCUUACAAAAAAGGUCAGUUGAGACGUAGACAGUUGAGAACUAUGGCAGCUGCUCCACCUCCCAACUUUUCAUGGGUUGAGCCACAAAAAUUAGCUGGACUCGGGAUGCCAAGGAUGACAGCCCAUUAUCAAUUUCUACUAAAUAAUGGAAUCAAACACUUAGUCACUUUGUCUGAAAGAAAGCCCCCUUACCAUGACAACUAUCCAGAGUUGACUUUGCAUCACAUCAGAAUAUAUGACUUCUGUGCUCCAACUUUUGAUCAAAUCAAACUCUUCUUGUCCAUAGUGGAGGAGGCCAAUUCUAAAGGAGAGGGGGUUGCAGUGCAUUGUUUGCAUGGUUUCGGAAGAACCGGAACUAUGUUGGCCUGCUACUUGGUGAAGAGCAGAAAAAUCAGUGGGAUUGAUGCCAUUAAUGAAAUUAGAAAGAUCCGCCAUGGUUCUAUUGAAACUCGAGAACAGGAGCAAAUGGUAGUGCAGUUCUAUCAGCAAAAUAAAUGUUGAUUUAUAUUAAGUAAUAUAAAUUUUAUCUAUUUGAAAGAAUUGUGUAUACUGUUGUCAUUUAUCUUCAUAAUGACAGUCAACAUACAUUUAAAAAAAUAAAAGUGCUCCUACACUUUUUAAAAACUAUAGCUGUUUUAAAGAUUUUCCAAAACUAUAUACUAAAUAGAUAUAUACUAAAGUGACAAAAUCACAAAGUCACAGUCACUUUAAUUAAAGGACACAUUCGGUAUGCAUAGUCCUAUUACCAGUGUUGCUUGAAAGUUUGUGAACCUUUUAGAAAUUCCUAUAAUUCUGCAAAAAUUUGACCCAAAAUAUCAGAUUUUUUACUCAAGCCCUAAAAGUAAAAAGUGAACACAAUCAAACAAAUGAGCCAACAUUACAUAUCUGUGACUUGCAAAAGUACAUGAACCAUUUUUUCUUAAGAUUCAGUUAAGGGACAGUUGUCUUGGUAUUUUCAUUUAGAGAUCACUGGUGUAAUUCUGAAUUCAUUGCUCCAUCAAUUAUGGCAAGCUGUCCUGACCCAGAUGCAGCAAUACAGGCCCAAAGCAUGAUACUACCACCACCAUGUUUCACAGACAGUGGACAGUGUGUGUUCACAGACUUAUGGUGAAAUUCAGUAUUUUCCUUUCUCUAAAAAUAAUGCUUCUCAUUUUAAAACAAAAUGCUUUAAUUUGGUCUCGUUCCUCCACAAAUAAUUUUUCCAGUAGUCCUCUGGCUUUUCCACUUGAUCUUUAGCAAACCUCAUGGGCAGCAAAGUUCUUUUGGGGAGUAGUGGCUUUCUUCUUGCAACUCUUCCUUACACACCAAGGUCGUUCAGUGUUCAUUUCAUGGCAGACUCAUGAACAUUAAUAUAAGCCAAAGUAAAAGAGGCCUUUAGUUGCUUAGAAGUUACCCUGUAUUCCUUUCUGACCCAACAUGUCUUGCUUUGUUGGUUGACCACUUCUGGGAAUGUACCAAUGGUCUUAAAUUUCCUCCAUUUGUACAAAAUCUAUAUGACUAUGAGGCCAAACUCUUAAAAGAGAAUUUUGCAACCUUUUCCAGUCUGGUGAGCAACAAUAACCUUUUCUGAAGUCCUCAGAAAUCUCAUUUGUUUUUACAAAGAUCCCCUUCCAAAAACACACGUCAUGAACACCAGACUUUGAUGUCUGUUCUUUAAAUACAACAGGACAGUAAUUGACUGAAAUCAGAUGGACUCUAAUUUUACCUUGAAAUUAAGUAUUAAACCUAGAGUUUUACAUACUUUUGCCUCUCUUGUAAAAAGAUAUGUAAAAUUGGAACUUUAAAAAAAAAAGACCAAGUAUAAUAUAUUUGUCGGAUCUGUUUCACUUUUGGGACUUGUGUGAAAAAUCUGAUGAUGUUUUGGGUCAUAUUUAUGCGGAAAUAUAGACAUUUCUAAAGUGUUCACAAACUUUCAAGCAAUGCUGUAUGUAAUGUUUAUAAUCGGUGUUACAGCAUUAUCUGAAAAGUCACAAAUCAACUGCUUGAUCCCAUUGACAGAAGGAUUAUAGCUUUACAGAUUUUACACACAUCCGAGACUGUUUCAUAGUGUUUCUAAUUAUUAUUUAUAAAAAUCUUAUUUCAAAGCAUUAUAAAAGUUAUAGUUAUAGUUCAAACAUUGUGGUAUUUUCAAAGCCAGUGGCACAAGGAUGUGUGCUCCCUGAAAAUGUGGAAAAUUUUCUGGAGCUCCUGUAUAAUUGUAUAAAAAAAAGUAAAUGAAUAAACACUGAUUUAUGCUA